CAAAAGAUGUCAGUUUCACAACGUUUCGACCUGGUGAAGAAAAAGAAUUUAUGCAUCAACUGUUUUUCGUCCUCGCACAUCAUGAGAAAUUGUUCAUCCAGUUCCUGCAGAGUUUGCAGCCAGAAGCACCACACUAUGCUCCACCAAAUUCCGAAUGAUCGCUCUUCUUCGCAAUCAAAAUCGUUUCCACCAUCCACACACUAUUCAUCGACUUCGCCAUCGACUCAGAAUGCUCAAACAAACAUCUCGAAUAAGUCUUCCUCGCAAUUGCAUACCACGUUGUUACCAGAACCUCAAACACCUUCGACCUCGGAGACUGUCACUAGUCUCAUUUCUACUUCACUAGUUGGUAGUACAAGAACCAUACCAUCCACCGUACUGCUACAAACAGCGCUCGUAAAGGUCUUCGACCUCAACGGUCACACACAAUGGGCAAGAGCACUGUUAGAUCCUGCAUCCCAGCUUAACCUCAUCACGGAAAACCUGGUGCAGAAACUCAAGUUGCGCCGUUAUCCCGAUUACCAAGAAAUCGGAGGCGUAGGCAAUUCUUUCGUCGUAUCGUCGCACACAGUCAAGGUUCGAAUUGGAUCACACUGUUCAGAUUUCGUUACCGAAGAAUCCUGUCAUAUUUUGAAGAGGAUUACUCAUGAACUCCCUACGAGGUCCAUCAAUAAGUCGUCGUGGAUUAUUCCUUCGGAUAUCACUCUAGCUGAUCCCAAAUUCUACGAACCGGGAUCAAUCGACCUUCUGUUAGGAAUGGAGAUGUAUUAUGAUUUACUUUUGAAUGGUUUCAUCAAACUCGGACCUGAACAGCCAAUCAUGCAAAACACAGUGUUUGGCUGGGUUGCUUCAGGAAAAAUAGACUCUGGGCAUACAGAGCAUACAGAUCGACAAUUUGCUCAUGUUUGCGGAUCCAAGUCACUUGAGAAACAAUUAUAUCGAUUUUGGGAUUUGGAGUCCUGUUGGCGUGAUAGUACACAUUCCCUAGAAGAAUCUGCUUGUGAAGAGCAUUUCUCACAAUUUACCUUCCGUGACACCUUCGGAAGAUUCGUAGUUACCCUACCCAAACGUCAAGCUUUUCUGACUCAACUUGGACAUUCGAAACAAAUUGCAACCAGAAGAUUUCUGGCAUUAGAACGUCGAUUGGAUUCCGAUGUCAGAUUAAAGGAAUCUUAUUCAAACUUCAUCCAAGAAUAUUUAUCGCUAAAUCAUAUGAGAGAGAUAGAUGAUGAAAAAUCCAUAGUCACUCCAUCGUACUAUUUACCACACCACUGUGUACAAAAAGCGGAUAGCACCACUACCAAGCUACGCGUUGUGUUCGACGCAUCAUCGCGAACGGAUAGCGGAGUUUCAUUAAAUCAAGCGUUGAUGGUCGGUCCAGUCAUACAGGACGAUUUGUUUUCGCUAAUCGUCCGAUUUCGAAUACAUAAAAUUGCAAUCAUAGCGGACAUCGAGAAGAUGUUCCGCCAAAUUGGGAUACACCCAUCUGAUCAUCCACUCCAUAGAAUUCUAUGGCGAAAUUCCUCACAGGAGCCGAUACGUACGUUUGAGCUCACGACCGUGACAUACGGUACGGCUUCGGCGCCAUACUUAGCUACCAGAUGCCUGAAGGAGCUGGCCAAGCAAGAGAGCAUCAACUAUCCAAAUGCAUCGCGGGUCCUUGAGAAUGAUUUUUUCAUGGACGACAUGUUGACUGGAGUGAAUACCAUCGAAGAAGGGAAGGAACUCUGUACACAACUGAUCCAGCUGUUACAAUUAGGCGGAUUCAACCUACGCAAAUGGGCGUCGAAUUCCAAUGCUACUCUUUCGAAAAUUCCGGCUGAGUUACGUGAUGAGAGAUCACUGUUCACAUUGGAUGUCGAUCCUACGCCUAUCAAGGCUCUCGGUUUGCAGUGGGAACCAUCACUCGACAGAUUUAAAUAUGCCAUACCGGAAUGGUCACAGGGACCCAUAAUCACUCGACGUGUCGUUCUAUCGGACACCGCUAAACUCUACGAUCCGCUUGGGUUAAUCGGUCCGGUUGUGGUAAUAGCCAAAAUCUUCAUACAAACUCUUUGGCAACGCACUAACUCAUGGGAUGAGCCACUAGAAGAAGCACACCAAAAGUUUUGGCUCGAGUUUCGCAGUACUUUGAAUGAUUUGUCAUUGCUUUCUAUUCCUAGAUGGGUUGCCUGCAGACCGACUCCAGCAGCAGUUGAAUUGCAUGGUUUUUGCGACGCGUCGGAAAAGGCCUAUGGAGCCUGCAUUUAUAUGCGAACAGUUUCUGCUGAUGGAAUAAUCUCUGUGCAUCUUAUGGCGGCAAAAUCGCGAGUAGCGCCGCUAGGUGUUUCGAAGGGCCAAAGGCGAAUAUCUUUGCCGAGGCUAGAGCUUUCAUCAGCACUUCUUUUGAGUCAUCUUUUCAAUAAAAUAAACACUAGUAUUCCGUUGAAUUUCAAACCGUUCUUUUGGACGGAUUCCUUGAUCACGUUACAUUGGCUCAGAUCGACGCCUUCGCGCUGGAAGACGUUCAUCGCGAACAGAGUAUCAGAAGUGCAACAUCUCACAGCAAAUGGUAUUUGGGCACACGUUCCUGGGAUUGACAACCCUGCUGACAUCAUAUCCCGAGGAAUGUAUGCUGUUCAGCUCAAGGAUACAGCAGCAUGGUGGAAUGGUCCAUCUUGGCUUAGUCAACAGCCUCGUUUCUGGCCUGCAUUAGUACAACCACCCUUAGUAGACGUGCCUGUGGAAUAUCUCGAAGAACGACCGAUUUCGUUACCGAUUCAAGCCUCUCAACCAAAUGAAUUAUUUUAUCUUCGCUCUAGCUUCUCGAGUAUGACUAGACUUGUCGCUCUUUUAAUGCGCUUUAUUCACAACACUAGAGCGAAAAACCAUUCCGAUCGUCACUUUGGGAACAUUCAAACUUUCGAAUUGGGUGAAGCAGUUAAAACCCUCGUAAGGAUUGCCCAACGUGAAGUUUUUGCUAUUGAUAUCGCAGCAGUAUCCAAAGAAGGGCAAGUGAAACCGAAUUCGCGGUUGAAAACUCUUUCUCCGAUUAUGUCUGAUGGAAUCCUACGAGUAGGAGGUCGUCUUAGAAAUGCUUCUAUUCCUGAAGAUCGGAAACACCCAAUGAUACUCCCUUCACGACACCCUCUUACGGAUACCAUUCUCCAACAUUAUCAUACAAAAUAUUUGCAUGCUGGACCGCAACUUCUUGUUGCCUGCGUACGCGAGAAAUAUUGGCCACUUUCGAUUCGUAACUUGGCACGGAAGGUGGUACACUCGUGUAUACAUUGUUUCCGCUGUAGACCAAGUAAUCUUCAACAAAUAAUGGGAGAUUUACCACCAGAAAGGAUUACUCCCACCCUACCAUUUGUGAAUACCGGCGUAGACCUCUGCGGACCAUUUCAGUACCGGAAAAUUCGCAAAACACAACCAGUUAAAUGCUAUAUUGCAAUUUUUGUAUGCCUUGUUACGAAGGCCGUUCACAUAGAACCUGUCUAUGAUUUGUCGACUGCAGCAUUUAUUGCGGCGUUACACAGAUUCAUUUCCAGAAGAGGCAAGCCGAAAAUCAUCGAAUGUGAUAACGGUCGAAAUUUCACGGGAGCAUCGAGAGAGCUUGCUGACCUAGCGAGGCAAUUCCGUUCGCAAAAUCACCAAUCAGCUGUUAUCAAGAACUGCGCUGAAGAAGAGAUUACGUUCAAAUUCAUCCCGCCUCGCAGUCCACACUUCGGCGGCUUGUGGGAGUCAGCGGUGAAAUCAUUCAAGCGCCAUUUCCGCUCGACGGUUGGGAAUUCUAUUCUCACACAAGAUGAGUUCGUCACCCUGCUAACACGCAUUGAAGCUUGUUUGAACUCCAGACCGCUCACUCCACUGAGCGCAGAUCCGAACGAUCUGGAAGUGUUAACGCCAGGACACUUCCUGGUACACCGUUCUCUUACGUCAAUUCCAGAACCCGAUCUCUCAGCAAUUCCCCGCAAUCGACUAGACCGCUGGCAGGAGAACCAAGAACUCCUGCGUCGGAUUUGGAAGCGGUGGACAACUGAUUAUUUAUCCGGUCUACACCCUCGCACAAGGUGGACCCAAGUUCGAGAUAAUAUAUCGAUAGGAACAAUGGUUCUUCUGAAAGAAGAAAAUCUUCCACCAUUGAAGUGGAAAUACGGGAGAAUCACGCAAAUAUUCCGAGGAGACGACAACCACGUGAGAGUGGUAUCCGUGAGAACAGCUGACGGCGAAUAUAGGCGAGCAAUUGCUAAAAUUUGCGUUCUACCAAUCCAUCAAGCAACAACCACCCCCACUGGCGAUGCCAGUUCCAGCGUAGAUUUCAUCUAA